UAUAUAUUAGUAGAUUUCAAGAAAUACCUAGAGAAUAAGAAUAAGUAUAAUAUAAUAGUAAUCUUUAUUAAUUAUCUGGGCAAGCGCCCUAUUAUAAUUCCUUUUUUUAAAGACAUUAAUUACUUCUUUAUUUCUAAUAAAUUUGAGCCAGAAAUAGCUAAGGAAAUAAGCAAGUAUUUACUAAAAAUAAUAGAAAAAAAGACUCUAAAUAUAAUUUAUUUAACUAGAUAG